GUUUAGCAGUAUUUUGACACCGCUUGUAAAACCAUCGAAAGUGAGCUGUUAGUCAAUAGGACAGCCAUUCAGCCGUUUGGGAUCUAUCUUCAAGUUAAAGACAGUGAUACCAUGUUGCCGGAUAAAGAUGGAGUUGGUGGCGGUGGUGGGCAGGGCACCAUGGGUGAAGAUUCCUCAGUGACCCUGUUCAGAGAAUACCUCCGCCUCCGGACUGUCCACCCAGAGCCUGACUAUGAUGCUGCGCUAAGGUUCCUGGAUGGAAUUGCUGAAGAACUUGGGCUACCCAUAAAAAAGAUUGAGGUCUGCCCCGGUAGAGUGGUAUCGGUGAUGACCUGGGAGGGGACCAACCCGUCUCUGAAGACCAUUCUGCUCAAUUCACACACGGACGUUGUCCCUGUUUAUCAGGAACACUGGAAGUAUGAUGCUUUUGCUGCUGUGAAAGACUCAGAGGGCAACAUUUUUGCUCGAGGAACGCAGGAUAUGAAGUCUGUCACCAUACAGUAUAUCGAGGCCGUCAGGAGACUCAAAGCAGAGGGGAAAAAGUUAAUGCGUACCAUCCACCUAAUGUUUGUGCCAGAUGAGGAGGUUGGAGGUCACAAAGGAAUGGAGACGUUUGUGAAACUCCCAGAGUUCCAGGAAUUAAAUAUUGGCUUCGCACUAGAUGAAGGUCUUGCCAACCCUGGGGAAGCCUUCACUGUGUUCUAUGGCGAGAGGAAUCCCUGGUGGAUUACGGUCCGCUGUCCAGGCAAUCCGGGUCACGGCUCUAGGUUUGUGGAGAACACAGCUGCGGAGAAACUGCGCAGUAUAAUCAACUCCUUCCUGGACUUCAGAGAGAAGGAGAAAGGAAGAUUAAACACCAGUGAGUGCUUCACUCUUGGUGACGUCACCACGGUAAACAUGACCAUGGUGAAAGGAGGAGUGGCCUACAAUGUCAUCCCUGCCGAGAUGGACGUCAGCUUUGACUUGAGAAUACCGCCCACUGUCAAUCUUCAGGAGUUUGAGGAGCAGAUAAAACAGUGGUGUAAGGAGGCGGGGGAAGGCAUCACAUAUGAUUUUGCACAGAAACACAUGAAUCAGAAUAUGACGUCCACAGACGAGAGUGACCCCUGGUGGAACGCCUUCAGCACUACCUGCAAAGCCAUGAACAUGACUUUAGAAAAGGAGAUUUUCCCUGCAGCCACGGACAGUCGCUUCAUCAGAGCAGUGGGUCUCCCUGCUAUUGGCUUCUCCCCAAUGAACCGGACCCCUAUUUUGCUGCAUGACCACAACGAGUUUUUAAAUGAGCAGGUCUUCCUCAAGGGCAUUCAGGUGUAUGAACGCCUUGUGGUUGCGCUGGCCAAUGUGCCCGCCAUGACUUGCGAUGCUUAGAGCACCAAUUUGAACUGAUGGCUGGUGACCCUAAAUUUGAUUGCAUUUUGGUUGAUUGUUGUUAACAUUUUUAUUUUAAUAUUGGGUCAUGUUUGAAGCUGGUCCCAGACAACACCAGCUUUUAAAGGCCUUGUGAGGACAACAUCUUGGCUGAUUCACGUUCCUUAUCUCUAACUCUCCUUUCGGCAUGUGUCACUCUGAUCUGACACAUCUCAAAGGCAAACAAAUCUUUAAUCGUCUUUAAAAAUGAAAAAGAACCAAAGAUUGAGGAGAUUUCUCCAUCCAGAUAUCCUAUACAAAAUAAGCUCUCGUUUGCUUUUGCGACUCUGCCUUCUUUAUGCACAGCGCCUAUUUAUUUACAGUGCGUGCCAACUCAGGGCUCGGUUAUACCAAGAAUCAUUAUAACAACAACAAUCUGGUAGCAACAUUGUAUUAAUGACAGUUAUGUGUUUUAUGUGUCUGUCUGAGCGGUCUUAACAAAGGGCGUGAUCAUUCUCUAUCCUAAUCAAUGUAUAGGUUUAACAAAGUCUUAAAUUAUUAUCGAAGAUGAGCAAGGUCGUUCUAUCAGAAGACACUGUUUGAACUUUGUCCUUGCGAUGCCGCUUCAUCCAAAUAUUGCACAGGGGCUUCGUCAGAAGUCCCCUCAAAAUACUACAUAACCACUUUAAACUACCACCUACUAUCCUCUUAGACUAAUCAAGAAUAUAUUCCCUUGGAUUUUUUUUUUUAACUAAGCAGUCAUAGCCAACGUGUUAUAACAACUUGUAACAAACCUAUAAAAGUUGGGGAAAUAUAACAAUAGAUGCUAUAACAUAAUUUGUCAAGAGUUAUUUUUUUUAUUUUUUUUAUCCAUUACACGCUGAAAGGAAUAUGAAUGCAACAUGUUACGUGAUGGUCACAUGCACUAAAAAGCAUUGUUUACAUUAAAAGCAUUGUUUACACUAAUAUUGUUAGUGGGCAUGCCAAGAUGAUAUACCUGACAGAUAUAUCUGGGCAUAUCAAGAAGCUAAUUAAACAGCAUGAUCAUUACACAGGUGCACCUUGUGCCGGAGACAAUAAAAGGACACUGCAGUACAUUACUUUACCGGACAUGUUACAGUACACCACUGGUCAGUUAUUUAAAACGACUCAGUGCCACAGAUGUCUCAAGUGUUGGUUUAGAGAGCAACUGGAAUGCCAACCAGAGCUGUUGCCAGACAAUUUAAUGGCAAUUUCUCUACCAUAAGCCACCUCCAGUGUUGUUUUAGAGAAUCUGUCAGUUUGUCCCACUGACCUCACAGCUGCAGACCUUGUGUAUUCACGCCAUUCCAGGCCCUACACAUCCAACAUCUUCACUUAUGGAUUGAUUGAGACCAGCCACCUGGACAGCUGAUACAUAAACAAACGAUCUCUGCACAAAGAGUCAGAGUCCGUCUCAGGGAAGCUACUUUGCAUGUUUGCCAACCUCUCAAGGGCCUUGUCCAGACUGCUGUCUGGUUUUAUAUCCAACUUCAGUGGGCAAAUGCUUACCUUUGAUGGCCACUGGCACACUGAUGAAGUCUGUUCUUCACGCAUUAAUUCUGGUUUCAACUGUACCAGUCAGGACUCUGUUGGCAUCAGGUGGCAACAGUUUGCUGAUGUCAAUGUUGUGAACCACACAAUGGAGGUACAUUUACGGUACGGACAGCCACGUCCAACAAUCUAAUUUAAUUUGCCACGGCCUACCAACAAACUCACUUCAUUGGCCAUGCCCGGCCUACAAACUCAUUUCAUUGGCCACAGCCUACAAACUAAUUUAAUUGGCCACGGCCUAACAACAAACUAAUUUCAUUGGCCACAGCCGGCAAACAAACUUGUUUCAUUGGCCACGGCCUACAAACCAAUUUCAUUGGACACAGCCUACAAACAAACUCAUUUCAUUGGCCACGGCUGGCAAACAAACUUGUUUCAUUGGCCACGGCCUACGAACCAAUUUCAUUGGACACGGCCUACAAACAAACUCAUUUCAUUGGCCACGGCCGGCAAACAAACUUGUUUCAUUGGCCACGGCCUACAAACCAAUUUCAUUGGCCACGGCCUACAAACCAAUUUCAUUGGCCACGGCCUACAAACCAAUUUCAUUGGACACGGCCUACCAACAAACUAAUUUCAUUGGUGACAAUUGAUGAGGGCACCGAUUGUUGUGCCCUUCAUACACCAUCAACACAUCGUUUCAUCGUGGUGAUACGUGGCCCCGUGUUUCAAGGUUCUGCACACCAGUCCUGGAAGCUAAAAAAUGUGCCGGUUCUUCCAUGGCCUGUAUGGUCAUCAGACCUGGCAGCCGUUGAGCAUGUUUCAGAUGCUCUGGAUCGACAUCUACAACACCGAGUUCAAGUUCCUGCCGAUAUCCAACUUCUUCUCACGGCCGUUGAAGAGGCGCGGGAUGUGUGGCGCUGCUUAAGACAAGUGACGGCCACAGAAGAUACUCACUGGUUUUAUAAUCCAAGCUUUAACCUUUUUUAGAGGUAUCUGUGACUGACUAAUCUGUGCUCUCAAGCAUGUGAAAUCCAUUGAUUAGGGCCUAAUUUUAUUUUAAUGCACAGAUGUACUUACAUGAACUAUAACCUAGUAAAAUCUUUAAAGUAGGUUCAUGUUGCAAUAAUAUUCUGUUCAGUUUGCUUUUAUCUUUAACAACUUAAAAGAUACUGAACUGUAACCCCAUCCACUCAAGCAAGACUGAAGUGGUGCCAUGUUAAUGUUAAUUUAUUCUAUGAAAACUCAUAUCCACAAAUUUCUUUGAUGAUUGUUCUUUUAAAAAUAAUAUUUUCUCUUGCUUCGUAGUAUAGCAUUUUUUAAAUUAUUGGUGCUGAUUUGAAUAAAGGUAUUUUUUUUGAAGAAUAGCCUUCAACGAACAACAAAAACUAACACUUUGCAAAUUCAAUGAAAAAAACCUACCAAUGAAACUAGAAAAUGUUAUACACUGUAACCAACUUAAUGAUGAUGUGUUUUCAAAUACCUUAACAAUGUGAAUAAAC